CGGGUCCGACUUCGUAGGCCCCGCACUCCACCUAACCCGAUCCGCCAAGCCAAUCAGUAGUACUCCUACCGGGCGCGGCUAGGGCUCCGACGAAGAGGCCGCCAUGGCGACGGCUGGCGGCGAAACGGAGGCGCUGCGGGCGGAGGUCGCCGCGCUAAGGCUGCGCGUGCAGGAGUUGGAGAGGGAGAACCAGAGGCUGGCCAAGAUUGCUUCCAGCUGUAACUGCAGAAUCAAGGAAGACACCAUCGUGUCCUUUCCAGUUGCUAGUACAGGUUUAUAUGGCAGUAACCAAGAAGCACAUCUGAAUGGAAAAUUACAUGAAAGUAGCACUUCAAAGAAAGAUUUGAGCUUUCCAUUUGAUCACAUGGUAAUAUCUAAUGAAAAUGAAGUGCAGUGCAGUAAAAUUGCGAAAGGCACUGGUUUACCUGAUGAUUCAAGCAAACGUGCUAAUAGAAUAGGUAGACAAGUGGGGAUUGUAAGUCAGUGCACAAAACGACUAGUGGCUCUCAAAGUCAUGUACUUCGGCCAGAGAUUCUAUGGAUUUUCUUCAGAAGGUCAAGCGGAGCCAACAGUUGAGUCUGAGAUAUUUAAAGCAUUUGAAAGAGCAAAACUUCUGGUUGGCAGUAGGAAAGAAUCAUGUUAUUCUAGGUGUGGAAGAACUGACAAAGGAGUUUCUGCUACUGGACAGGUGAUUUCCUUAUAUCUGCGAUCAAACAUAAAGGAUGUAGGAGGGGACAUGUUAGAUGAAAGAUCUGAAAUUGAUUAUGUGAAGGUAUUGAAUAGAAUUCUUCCACGAGAUAUACGUGUAAUAGGUUGGUGUCCUGUUCCAGCAGAUUUUCAUGCAAGAUUCACCUGUUUGGGCAGGGAAUAUAAAUACUUGUUUUGGAAAAGGGGCUUAAAUAUAUUGGAAAUGCAGAAAGCUGCAUCUAAGUUCAUUGGAGAACAUGACUUCAGGAAUUUCUGCAAGAUGGAUGCAGAAAAUGUGAGUAACUACAGGCGGCGCAUUACAGAAUUUAAUAUUUCUUCAUGUGACAAAAGGUCCAACAAUGAUGAGCUGUGCUCCAUGACAAUCAAGGGUAGUGCGUUUCUGUGGCAUCAAGUUCGCUGCAUGGUAGCCGUGCUAUUUCUAAUUGGUCAAGGCCUUGAGUCACCAUCUGUAGUUGAUUCACUAUUGGAUAUUACUAGAACUCCUAGAAAACCUCAAUAUAAAAUGGCAUCAGAGCUUCCGUUGAUUUUACGAUCUUGUCUAUUUGAUAAAGCCAACUUUAUGUGUUCAUCAGAUGCCAGUCGAUCUCUGAUUGAGCACUUGAAAGAUGAAUAUCAUCAUUAUAUGCUCCAAGCAGCAAUAUUUCACGAGGCAUUGCCCUGUUUACCUUUCCAAGAAUCUAAUCCAUUGGAAACACUUCAGAAGAAGAGGACUCAUAUUCCUCUCAUGUCACGAGAAACAGAGCCUUCUUAUGAGGAACGUAUAGCAAAAGUCAAAACAAAGUUGGCUGAUAAUAUCUAGUAGAGUGACCGCCUUGAAUUAGUAACACCAAUACCUUUUCUUCGAACGGAAUAGCACAAAUGCUUUCAAGAUAAUGGAUAGAAUCUCCGAAGAUCAGUUUUUCGUAGUGCAAAUUCUGCCACAACUACAAUCUACAGUUUCAUGGCAGAUAAUUGGAUCUGUUAACAUGUGGAGAUGGAAACCGGCAGAGAACAAGAACGAGUGGAUUUCAUCAUUUCGAGACAGUUUUAUAUCAGUGCCUUUCUGCCUAUUCAGGCCGUUCAACAGUCCUCGACAAUUAGAAAAAUUAGAACAUACAACAUACAGACUAAAAUAGAGUAUGAGUGCAUUGUAUUCUGAAUAUGUUGUAUAGCCUAGAAAUCAUCAAAAUGUCACUUGCUGUUGUACCAAAACUGUAGCAAGUCCUGGAUGUUUUUUUUUUUAAUAAAAAAAUUGAGUUUUGUA